GGAAGUAGAUAUCAAAACACAAGGAGGCUGAAGGGGAGUUGCUGGGACCUUCGUUAUCAACUCGCACUGGUCCCAAACAACAACAACCCUGGACUUUCAGGUGAACAGAAACGUCUACAGAUAUUUUUUCCUUCUGCAGGGACUCAGUGACAACAUUAAAUGUGUCGUCUGCUCCUGUGAGGCUGUGAUCAUUUAUUAAUGGGAAUAAUCAGGAACAUUGCAGCAAGUUUGGUCCUACUUCGGCAGAGUUCAGUUAGAAACAAUCAUACGGUCAUAAUGUCCAGGCGACUUCAGGCACGCAGGACAGACGGGGUGGAUAAGAAUGUCUGGGUUGAGUUCACACAGCUCGCAGCAGAUUACAAAGCAGUGAACCUCGGCCAAGGAUUUCCCGACUUCUCCCCUCCACAGUUUGUCCAGGAGGCCUUCUGCAAGGCCAUCAGCGGAGGACCUCAAAUGCACCAGUACACCCGAGCUUUUGGUCACCCCCCUCUUGUUAAAAGUUUGGCUAAAUUCUUUAGUAGGAUUGUGGGACAGGACAUCGACCCUCUCGAAGAUAUCCUGGUGACUGUUGGUGCUUAUCAGGCCCUCUUCUGUGCUUUCCAGGGUCUGAUUGAUGAAGGGGAUGAGGUCAUCAUUAUCGAACCGUUCUUUGACUGCUACCAGCCCAUGGUGGUGAUGGCUGGAGGAAAGGCAGUUUAUGUUCCCCUGAGACCAUUUACCAUUUACCAUAUUUUUCAGGUUGGCUGGGCCAUCGGCUCUGGAAAUAUCAUCAAAUACAUGAAAACCAUCCAUCAGAACUCUGUUUAUCACUGCGCAACAGCCGCUCAAGAGGCAGUCGCUCAUGGAUUUGAACGGGAAUAUGAGCUGUUUGGGACUCCUGAGAGCUACUUCCAGCAGCUUCCCGCGAUGCUGCACCACAAAAGAAAGAAGCUGGCCUCAUGUCUGGAGAGCGUGGGGCUGCAGCCUAUCAUGCCAGAGGGAGGCUACUUCAUGGUCACAGACAUCUCCUCAGUCAAGGUGGACCUGAAUGACCCGAGCACAAAGGAUGAAUUGUAUGACUUCAGAUUUGUUAAAUGGCUCAUUAAAGAAAAGGGUUUAGCAACAAUCCCCGUCUCUGCGUUCUACAGUCCAGAGCACAGCAAGGAGUUUGACAAGUACAUCCGAUUCUGUUUUGUUAAGGAGGACUCCACGCUGGAUGCUGCAGAGGCCAUCUUGAGAAAGUGGAGUCAGAAAGAGUAAACUUACCACUGAUUUGAGGCUUUAUCCGUCCACCCAGAUUCUUCCAGUCUGCUUAAACUCAGGUGUUGACCUGAUCCAGCUAAAGGUGCACGGACAGAGUAACCUCAUCAACACUUAUGUUGAGCUCCUGCCAGAUAAAGGAAUUUGUUUAGAGAGCAUUUUUAUUUUGUUGUCAUUUCUAGAUGGAUGUGAGUAUUGCUGAACCAGGCUUAAUGUAUUAGUCACAAAUAGUCAGUCUAAUUUAAUCAUCAGUGAUCAGUGACGAGAAGAGUCAAUAGAUUCCUGAUCACCUUUUGAUUGCUAAUACUAAUUGUUCUCACAUGAGCCAUUGGCUGAGGAAGACUGGGAACAUGAGCCACCCUUUCACUCUGUAACAGCCACUCUCCCACUACAAGUGGGCACCAGAGCUGGUACUUCCACUUGCUUCAUUUGGCAGUGCUUUAUACUGGAUGAAUAAAACCAUCCAUUUUCUGUCUCUGGCUGGAAUUAAACCAACAACUGUUGGUAAGGAUUUAUACAAUGAAAUAAAUUCACUAAUAGAAGGUCUCAUUUUUUGCAUUAAGAAUUGAGGCGUAUGAGUCUUGCACUAAAAAUGGGAAUUCUGUUUUCUGUGAGUAGAUUUUUCUAUUGAUUGGAUGUAACUGCCAUCAUUUUAAAGGCUGUUAUUCAUUUUAAAUCAAAGGACUUUGGUGUGAAAAUCUGACAUUAGCACAAGAAACAAGAAGUGCUAGACAAGGGUAGAAAGAGUUGUGUGUGCUUUCAGAUGAUGAUGAUGAUGAUAAUAAUACCACUACUAUUACUACUACUAAUAAUAAUAAUAAUGAUGUCAGGAGGGGUAGCACAUAGAGCAGUAUUAAUUCAAAACAAUAAUGGUGGCAUACUGUGACACGGCUAUUAAUUUGUCAGUUCAUUAAAAAUGUAUUUCAAAGAUA